GACUCUCCCGCCAACCGUCGCGCCAAAAAUCUCGCUGACAGUCUUAGGAGUCGGCGAUCCCGACCGAGGCUCCUGGAAAUUGCCGCGUAGGCAACGUAAUAAUAUACAUAUAUGUAUGUACAUAUAUGUGAAGCGGCUGAGAACGCUCGGCGCUUUCGGCCGUCGAUCAACUAAUGACACGUGGUCGCUGACGUGGCAAAGAGUAGUAUCGCGACUGACUGGCACAGCCAGCGGCGAGCGACAAGAUCUCGUCUUCCUCCGACAAAUCGGAUAUUUUAUAAUUAUAUAUAUAUAUAUAUUUUUUUUUUCUCCCAAGUUGGAGCCCCUGCCGUCUUCCCAAAAUUGACAGCAGCUACAUUUUCCUUGCAAAAUCGGUGAUCUAAAUUUUCCUAAAACGGGCUGUCUGCUCCAGAAGGGUGCACUUCUGUUCCUCCCUCUCCUCCUCCUCCUCCCCUCCCCUCUCUCCCCCCUCCCUGGCAAAAAAAAAAAAGAAAAAAAAAAAGAGGCAGCUCCUCCAGUCUUUUCCCAAAAAAAAAGCUAUUUUUUUAGUUUUCCUCCUGUCAUAGAGUCGUUGCCACUCCAAAAAAAAAAAAAAAAAAAAGUCUCCCCGUCGGCGCCCCGAAGUCAGAGAGAUGGAGGUAUCUCCAUCUCCCUCUCCCCGCCGUCGCCAUCUCCAUCUCCAUCUCCAUCCUCAUCUCCAUAGCCGUGUGAGCAGCAUCUUCGUCUUCAUCUUCGUCUUCAUCGCCACCUACUCUCUCACCCUUCUCCUCCUCCUCUCUGAUCUUCCUUCCCAAGCAGAGGCAGCGGACGCCAUUAAGUUGACGUCAACAUCAACCUCGUCUCCGACGACGCGGAGGGUAAUCCGACGGACACCGCGAUUCCCGGUGCCGCGGACUGGUGUGUGGGGACCACAACCAGUCCCGGUCCCAGUCCCAGUCCCAAUCCCAAUCCCAGUCCCGAUCGCAGGCCCGAUCACAGUCGACAGCGAGCAACAAGGAGGACCUCCCUUUUCCAUACUCUCGCCGCAAGAACAGCAGCAACUCCAGCAGCAGCACGAGGAGAAGGAGAAAGCGGAGGGAGAGAGGGAGAAGGGAGAGGAAAGGGAGAGAGAGAAGGGAGAGGAGGGAAAGGAGGUGGUGAAAGGUGAUGAUGCAAAGGAUCAGCAGGGAGAGCAUGUCAAUCUGUUGAAGGAGUACGUCUACGAGACUAAGUACUAUACGCAGGUGCUCGAUCAUUUCUCGUUUGAGAGAAGUGAGGAACGGUUCCAGCAGCGGUACCUGGUAAAUGACAAACAUUGGGACAAAGAAAAUGGUGGGCCCAUCUUUAUGUACUGUGGCAACGAAGGGGGGAUUGAAACGUUCGUAUUCAACACAGGGUUCAUGUGGGACAUCGCCCCGGAAUUUGGUGCCAUGGUGCUCUUUGUGGAGCAUCGUUACUAUGGUAAAUCUAUGCCCUUUGGCAGUACCGAGACUGCAUUGCAGAAUGCCUCUACGCUAGGCUACUUGACAUCAGAACAGGCGAUUGCGGACUUUGCUACGUUGCUCAUUGAUCUGAAGCGGAAUCUGACGGCUGAAGAGAAUCCUGUCGUUCUGUUUGGGGGAUCUUAUGGAGGAACUUGUGCUUGUAAUCGCCGAUUCUGUCUGUUGGAAAAUGGAAAUUACGAUUAUAUGGAUCAACAGGUCUGCAAGCGGAUUGACAAUGCGCCAAGAGGUUCAGAUCUUCUUGCGAGAAUUUUUGCGGGUGUUAGCAUAUUCUACAACUACACCGGUGGCCAGAAAUGCUUUGAUUUAGACUCUGACUCGGACGUGCUCGGCACCCGGGCAUGGUAUUACCAGACGUGCACAGAGAUGGUGAUGCCAUUUGCAAGCAAUCCGAACAACAGCAUGUUUGAGCCGUAUGAUUGGGAUCUGAACGCCUACAUUAAAUCAUGCCAAGACGACUUUGGUGUUACCCCAAGACCUAAUUGGAUUACCACUCAGUACGAAAGCAGGGACAUCAGGACAGUUCUCAAGCACUUUGGAAGUAACAUUGUGUUCUCCAAUGGACUAUUGGAUCCCUGGAGUGGAGGAUGGUGAGUCAGUUUGUUCAACUUUGUUGUUAGACCUUUUUCGAAGUUAGUUUUUCACUUUUUCGGAAGUUUUUUCCUUCUUUUUCUGACCUUUUUUUUAAUAUUUUUUUUUUCUCUUAUUUUUAAUUUUUUUUUUGCUUUUCUUUGUGUUUUUUUUUUUUUUUUUUUUGGUAUGGUAUGGUCCCCCAAGUUGACCAUGAUGCAAAGAUUGAACUGAUGUAAUUGAGAUACAAAUUUGAAGC